AGUGGUGGAGCCAGUGAAUCCUCUCUCAUGGCUUUAUGGGAGUUGUUGCUAUCUCUCAGCCUUCACUGCUGGCUGGCUUCAUGUGCCAGUUUAAGUGAGGAAGGCCCUGCUGGACCCCUUGACUGGCUCCUUUCUGACAAGGGCCCCUUCCAUAACACCCAGGAGUACACCGACUUUGUGGAGAGGAACCGCCAGGGCUUUUCUACCCGCUACAAGAUAUACAGGGAAUUUGGACGCUGGAAGGUGAAUAACCUGGCUGUUGAGCGGAGAGAUUUCUUGGACUCCCCCUUACCCCUGACGUCUGAGUUCGUCCGCAACAUCCGACUUCUCGGACGCAGACCCUCCGCAAAGCUAAUUACCGACAACCUUAUUAAAAAAUAUGGGACACAUUUCCUCCUGUCAGCCACGCUAGGAGGUGAAGAGGCUCUAACCAUAUUUGUAGACAAGAGGAAGCUUAGCAAGAAAGCAGAAGUGAGUGACUACACGAGCAACAGCACAGCUGUGACUCUGGAGGCACUCCACCAGCUGGCUGCCUCCUACUUCAUAGACAGAGAGAGCACACUGCGCAAACUACACCACCUCCAGAUCGCCUCCACUGCCAUCAAGGUAACUGAAACAAGGACUGGCCCUCUUGGAUGCAGUAACUAUGACAACCUUGAUUCUGUCAGUUCGGUUUUAGUUCAGAGUCCUGAAAACAAAGUCCACUUACAAGGUUUGCAGGUCAUUCUACCAGACUACCUCAGACACACCUUUGUCCAAGCAGCUCUUGGCUACAUUGCCUGCAAUGGAGAAGGUAACUUUGUAUGUCGGAACAAUGACUGCUGGUGCAAAUGUGACCCAAAGUUCCCAGAAUGUAAUUGUCCCUACAUGGAUAUUCAAGCCAUGCAAGAAAGUCUUCUUCGAAUCUCUGAAUCAUGGGAAUUCCUUUACAGAGAAUUCAAGGAAUCAGAUGAGUUCAAGGCAUUUCUGACGAGGCUGCCUCAGAACGUCUACCUCAACGCCUCUGCAAUCCACCACUUAUGGCUGCUGGAUGGCAUGUUUCAGCGGCGCUAUGAGCUGCUAGAGAGCACCAUGAAGAGUCUGUUCAGGAGGGCCCAGAGAGUUGUGUACAAGCUCUUCAGUCUGAGCAAGAGGUGUGAAAAGCAGCCCCUUAUCAAGUUACCACAUGAAAGGCCACGGUCAUACUGGCUAAACUACUUCCAGUCAUUACUCUACUGCUCGGAGAACAACCAGAUGGGCUUUUUCUCAGAGGAGCUGCACACCUGCAUUUGCACAUAUGACCAAUACUCAUGCCAGCGACCCACACCAUGUUCUGUCGGAGAGGGUCCAGCUUGUGCAUCCUGUGCUAGUGACAACUACACUCGCUGCGGUAGCUGCAAUACUGGCUACAUGCUAAGUCAAGGAUCCUGUCGGCCUAUGGUGGCUGAUUCCACUGACAACUACCUGGGCUUUGAGACUGACUUGCAGGACCUAGAGCUGCGCUACCUCCUGCAGAGGUCUGACCGUCGCCUAGAGGUCCAUGCUAUCUUCAUUAGCAAUGAUAUGCGCCUCAACAGCUGGUUUGACCCUUCGUGGAGGAAGAGAAUGCUGCUCACACUAAAGAGCAACAAGUACAAAUCCAAUCUGGUGCACAUGCUUCUGGGGAUCUCCCUCCAAAUUUGCCUUACUAAGAACAGCACCCUGGAACCUGCCCUUACUCUUUUCAUCAACCCCUUUGGUGGGAGCCACUCAGAGAGCUGGUUGAUACCUGUAAAUGAAAACAAAUUCCCAAAUUGGCAGUCCACUAAGCUGGACCUUCCACUUGAGUGUUUUAACUGGACCCUGACUCUGGGCAACAAGUGGAAGACCUUCUUUGAGACAAUUCACAUUUAUUUGAGGAGCCACAUUAAAACAUCAGGUCCUACUGCCAAUGAGAGUGUUUACUUGGAACCUUUGGAAAUGGCAGACCCUUCCAGAAACUUGGGUUACAUGAAAAUCAACAGCAUACAAGUUUUUGGUUACAGUAUGCAUUUCAACCCAGAGGCAAUCCGGGACUUGAUCCUGCAGCUGGACUAUCCCUACACACAGGGGUCACAAGAUUCUGCCCUGAUGCAGCUACAAGAGAUCCGAGACCGCGUUAACCGACUGUCUCCACCAGGCCAGCAGCCUCUGGACCUGUUCUCCUGCUUAUUGCGCCAUCGCCUCAAACUCACAGUCAAUGAAGUGAUGCGCAUCCAUUCUUCUCUCCAGGCCUUCAGUGCACGACUCCCAAACCCUCUUGAUUAUGAAACAACCAAACUUUGUAGCUAACAACUAAAAGGUCACUCAUCUAGAAUAUGUUUACACACAGAGAGGAGACUGUGCAUGAAUAAAAUAAAUCGCUUAAUUAUUGACUAAAAUACUGUAUAUGUUUCCACAUUCACUCUGAAACAAGUGUACUAAAAUCAACCAAGUCAGUUUUCUUGUUUGGAGCAGCACUUAAAAGAUUUGGUGGGACCUUUGCUGUAUAUGACUGCAAAUUUUCUUUCUUUUUUUUUUCUUUUCUUUUUUUGCUUCAGUGACAGUGCACUUUCCUUAAACAGAAUACAGUGAUGUCAGUAUGUUUUGUAGGUAAAUUGUUAUUAAAACUUCAUGUAAUAUUAAUUAUUUACUAGUCUUCUUUUUUUGGUUUAGCUUUUCAGCAAUUUAAAUACUGGAAAAUUAUGUCCACCUUUAUAUGACAUAAUGAUAAUGUAAAUGAGAUUAAACAAGACACAAGUGCUUGAUUAAAUAGUAAUAUAACAGAUUCAUUAACACAAUUACAUUACGCCUUGUUAUGAUAAGCUGUCUCCUGUCUGAAAGAAUAAGAUUUUUUUUUUUUUACAUUUUUUGUUUAACAAAGGAAAUCACAUGUUUGAUUAACAUUACAGAUGAUGUGUUUUGUGACAAAUUAACAGUGCUGCUCACUGCCAUGGUGAAGCUGGGUUAGACUUUCUCAGAUGUGUUGAUAUCAUUUUAUGAAGAUGGGCCUUACAUUGCUUGCACACACACACACACACACACAAACCAAAUGAUGGUGUUGUAAUUAUUAAUUGUUACUACUGUUACUAUUAAUAUUAUAUUGCCAUUAUUAUUUGUAUUACCUUAUUUGUGCUUAUUUUUUCCCCUCUUUUCCCCAUCUUUCUCAUUUUCUGUGAUG